AUGAUUUUUCAGAGUGUUAAUGAGUUUAGAGAUGCUGUGACUAGAUAUUCACUUCAAAAGCAUAUUCAGUUAGAUAAGUUUGUCAAUGAGCCUUCAAGGGUGAGGGUCACAUGUAGGGAUGGUUGUCCUUGGUUAAUUUAUGCUAAACUGGACAAUUCAACUAAGAAUUUUCAAAUCAAAACAUACUAUCCUAAACAUAGAUGUGUUCAGACCAUAAGGAACUAUAUGUGCAAUUCUAAGUACCUAGCCAACCACUAUAAAGAUAGAAUUACUGAACAUCCAAACAUCAGAAUUUGCAAACUCCAAAAGGCAAUUAGGAAGGAAGUUGGUGUACAUGUUGGCAGGUCCACUGUUAGGAGAGCUAGAUCUAAGGUUUUACUAGAAAUCAUGGGUGAUCAAGAAAAAGAGUUUGGAAGAAUACUUGAUUACAGAGAUGAAGUGUUGAAAACAAAUCCAGGAAGUACUUGUGUGGUGAAAGUGUCUACUACAGAAUUUGCUGAAGAUGAUGGCUAUUUCUUAAAGGGUUGUAGCAAGGGUCAACUGCUAGUUGUUGUGGCUAAGGAUGGCAACAACCAGAUGUUGCCAAUUGCUUGGGCUGUUGUAGAGUAUGAGAACAAAACCACAUGGACUUGGUUUAUGAAAAUAUUGAUUGAAGACUUGAACUUAGGGGAUGGGACUGGUUACACAGUCAUUUCAGAUAUGCAUAAGGGGCUUCUUGCCACUAUAAAAGAGCUCCUACCAGAAGUGGAGCAAAGGCAAUGCGCUAGAUACAUCCUUGCAAACUGGUCAAAAGAUUGGGGAGGCCUUGAAAUGAGGCUGAUUUUUUGGAAAUGUGCUAGAAGCACAUUUGAGGAGAAAUUUGGACAAAUUAGAGCUGCUUGGUGGUGA